ACCGCCCCAGGAGCCCAACAGCACAGAAGGAAAACACUGAGCUUCAGAACAUCAGUAUAACCGUGAGCGUCUAACAAAAUCUCCUGCUGAAAGGCUUUAAUAACGGAAGUUUUUUGCUGAUGCUUAUAACAAACUAAGUUUGGGCAAACAAACACUUUUUUGCUGUUUUGGGUUUUAUGACUAUGUUUGAUACGAUCAACUGAGACCUGUCAGUUUUGUUUCUUUCGAUCUGCUUUAAGUGGAUGUAUGCAGACUGAAAACAUGGGUUCAAGAAGGCUCAUGAACCGUUCACUCUCAGGUGAUGGAAGGUAUUACUACAGUGGCAAUGAUAUCACCUCUCAGAAUAGCACGGGUGGCUGUAGGAGCUACCUGAACAGUGUCCGACCUGAACGCAGGAGCACUCUUUGCAGUGUAAUGGCCCAAUUAGCUGAGGAGACACAGCCAACAUUUGAGAGCACCUUAAAAUCUAAAGCUGUGUCUGAAGCAACUAAUGUCAAGUUCAUCUGUAUGGUCUCAGGUCAUCCUGCUCCUGAUGUGACAUGGUACAAAGAUGAUGUACAACUGGACAGAUACUGUGGUCUUCCCAAAUAUGAAAUUUUACGUGAUGGGAAGACACAUAGACUCAAUAUUUAUAACUGUACUCUGGAGGAUGCUGCAAUCUAUCAAGCAUCAGCACAAAACAGUCGAGGCAUUGUCUCGUGUUCAGGGGUGCUAGAGGUCGGAACCAUGAAUGAGUACAAGAUUCAUCAAAAUUACUUUGCGAAACUCAAACAGGGAAAUGAGAACUGCCGUCGUGAACAGAAAGAGCUCUGCAAAGCAGAGAAAGACAAUGUUCCAAGCAGUCCUGACAGAACCCAGAGGAAACGCAGUUCCCCCAUGGAGACAACCACCAGCUUUGGGGCUUCCAGCUCCUCUAAAGAGAAAGAAGAACUGAACGCUCUUAGUAAAACAUCUGCAGUAGAAGACAGGCUUAGCUCUCCUGUUCAAGUACCUGAAUCAACUGCCGUUCACUUCCACUCUGACUCCGAAAUGAUCCCAAAUGUAGACAAAGGCAACCAGGGGCUAACAUAUAUCCAUGACACGAUGAAUACGGCCUCCAUCAAACAGGCAGAUAGUCAUGCCAAGAAGAAGAUAAAAAAAAGAGUGGAAAUGAAAGAAACAGAGAUGAGGAGUGAGAAGAAAACUUCAACUGAGAAAAUGGAGGUACAAAACACUGUCAUUCAGAACAAUGUGGACAUCACAGCCGACACGAAACAAAAUGAAAAACCAUCGAUGAAAGCGAGUAAAUGUGCUACAGAUAUAAAGAAAACACAAGUUGCUCAUAAGCCCAUCACGUCCCAAAGACAUCCAGCGUUGAAGGUUACCAUGGAAACCGAGACCAAGGUGGUAAAAGAAACAAAGCAAAUUAAAUCUCCUGACAACCAGAAAAAUCUAGAUAGAAGAUCCCCUCUUAUAAAACCACAUUCCAAACUUCAAUCUCAAAAUAUUAAACAUGUUCAAAAUCAGAGGGUGCAGAAUGGCACUCCAUGCUCCCCAGACAACAAGCUCAUGGAUUUAGAUGACAGCAAGAGUAAACUAGCAGCAGGUCCAUGUGUGAGAAUCCUUCCUCAUUCUUGUGGUAAGGGUGACGUCAAUACGGAUACAGGGGACCGGAAUGUGUCUGUACACUCUUCCAGAGCCUCGGCUGGUGGUGAUAGUCGCAUUGAGCCCACAGAGACAAAAAAUUGUGGAAACAUUCCUUCUUCGUCGAGAAAGGUGGCCAUGGAGUGCAACGAGCCACCCUCACUGAUGCAUGAAGUCACAUCACGUUUUACAGAUACACUUCCUUUACUCGGUUCCCACCACCUCGCCACCCAGGGACAGAAGGAGAUAGCAGAAGACCAGUCCACGGUAUUGACAAACAACAGUACCGAGCGUCAUAAACCAGAUCUAGAAAGCACUCAGCUGGGUGAAAAAAACUCCACAGGUCACGUUUCAAACUCGCUCCAAGACGGCCAAGUUACAAUAGCUAUGAAUUCCUCCAUGGAAGAGGGCACAUUAACCAAGAUAAGUGAGAAGGAUUAUACAGAUGGAAACCUAAUGAUCAAUAGAGCAUCUGACAAACCCGAGACUAAAAUAAAAUCUGUGGCAACAUCUUUGAAUGGAACAGAGGUGAAUAAGAUGGGAAAGAAUGCUGAGAAGAAAAAAGUAUGUAUUAGUGCAAAUGUGCAAGGACAGAAAAGCAAUUCUAAAGAAAAGUCUAUGGGCUCAAAGCAUUCUGUGUCUCUUGUGACAGAAUUUGUACAAAUCCAUAGCAAUUCAAACAUGUCGAAUCCAGAUGUGGCGCAAUCACAGAUUAUGAAUGACUCCUCAAACUUUAAAGCUCUCAUGAAACAUACAAAGGCACUAGAGUUUCAAGAAGAUUCUCAUGUUGCCACAGAAAACGUUUCUAAAAUGGACAUACAAGAACAAGGACAAAGUUACACUGCAAAGAAUGAGACACAACAGUCUUUCAUUUCUAAAGCUUCAACUAAUGACAAUGAUCCUGAAGCUGCUCAUAUCGAUUCCCUCCCAUUCCUCUCCCAACAACAUCCAAAAACCUUCCUCUCAAAUUUGACAAUUCCUGCCAUUUAUGUUACAGAUGUUGACUGCACAUCUCCCAAUACCGAAACAGAAAACAUUGAAUGCUCGAGUCCUGUUAUGAAAUCUGAGAAUGUUAAAUUCGGUGCCAAACCUAAUGUGCUAAACAACAACAACGCUGUCAGUCAAAAAGUGAAUACAUCUGAUCACACAGACAACAUUACUCCAGAAUCAGUCGGAUUGCCUGAUGCAAAGGUUGAUCUUUCCCUGCACCUACAAUCUUCUGCAAGCCUCAACCAGCCUCAACAAAAGGCACUUAGUCAAAAAAACUUCAUAAAAACUUCUGGAAGUCAGUGUUCCACUGAACGUAUUGCCUCAGACUUUACUGGACCAGUCGGGAGGUGUAUACAACUUAGCAAUGCAGACAAAAGCAAAAAGGCAAAUGAGUCAGACCUGGCUGAAACCAAAUUUUCCGUAUUGUUGGCAAAGACAGAUUCUAAUCUAAAACCCAAAUCGAAUUAUUUUAUAAAGCAACUGAAGUCUGCUGCAUUGGACCUUGAGCUGUCAAAUCAGAGAUCCACCAGUGUCACGUUACACGAUACACCCCAUAGAGAGUCUGAAGGCAAAGAUAAAUAUAGACAAACAAAUUCUGAAGUUAAACAGGGGGAGUCUGUUUUGCUUCAAGGAAGGAACAAUUUAAAUACUGUCGUCUGCCCGCUCAGUCCAUCUUCAGAUCUAAAAAUCCCACUCAAGACUACAGAUGCUCAGAUCAUCACCUCUAGUGAGCCACACAAAACAGAAAAGAGGGAUUUGGGAAAAUCUAAUCAAAAAGAAACAUAUCAGGAGCAGAUACUACCUUUAAUGCCACAACCUACAUCUCCAUUAAAUUUAGUUAAUGACGCACCGUCAUUGGAAAAAAACUCCCCUCGUCUCACCCGCAGGGCCAUAACUGACCUCGCCGAGAUAAAUGGAAAUGAGAAUGUUACGACUAAAUCAUCAGACCGAGACAAAGAAAACCAGUUCAUAGUUCCCCAAGUUAUUCGUAAAAUCCGUCCAGAGGUAUUUGAUACAUCUGGCCAUUUAAAACUCUGGUGUCAAUUUUAUAACAUUGUUAGUGACUCAACAAUAAGGUGGUUCAAGGAUGAUGUGGAGAUCGCUGAAAUAAAGAGGAGUGCAGGAGAUGAAACUCAGCUGUGCUUGGCCAUCAUACAAAUGUCAAAACGAGAUUGUGGAGUUUACAGGUGUUCCAUAACCAAUGAGAAUGGCCAAAAUUCCACCGAGUACCUUCUCAGUACAGAAACAGUUUCCAGUAUGUUCCUACGUCAGGAGCUCCAGGAAGUUGAGGAGGAGAUUGAGAUGACUCCUCUGAUCUUCAGUAAAGGUCUUGCUGAUGCGGGCUGUUGGGGCUCAAAAUUUUAUGGGCGUGUCACAACAGAAGAGGUUCAGGUUGGAUCAGGAUGCAAGCAUAAAACCAGACGACUGAGGGUUAUCUAUGGGUUGGAUCCCGUGUUUGAGUCACGUAGCUCAUGUUUACUGAAAGUGCGAAGCCCUAUUGCAUAUGAGAGCAGAGAAGAGACUGUUCUGGCUGAGAAGAAUCUUCAAAUAACUAAACAGGAUUGCAGAAUUCAGAACAUGGCAAGAGAGUAUGUUAAGAUCUUUGCAACAGAGACAAGAGAAAUAGAGAGCUUCGGUUCAGCACUGGAGAUAAUCCCUUUAUACUUUAUGUACCGGCCAGCAAGCAGUGUUCCAUAUGGAACCGUGGAGGCGGAGCUAAAGGGUGUUUUUUUGCGUUAUUGCGGAUUGGACCACACUGGGUCACUAGUAUAUAACAACAAGUCGGAGGUUGCACAAAAGUGCUCUUCUUUCCAGCACUGGAUACACCAGUGGACAAGCGGCAAUGUGCUAUUCUCCAGAAUUGAGGGAGUUGAUACAAUAUUAACAAAUAUUGAAGUCGUGACUAAGUCAAAGGGGCAUCAGGGCUUUCCCUGUGAGGCAAAUCCUAAAGUUUUUGAACAAUUCCCAACUGAACAUCAGUGUAAUUAUUUUUGUGGUCUUCUAAACCUGAAACCUCCUAAACUCCCAGAAAUGCUUCAGACUGUUAGAUACAGAGGCUACUACAGUCCCCAGACACAGCGUAAAGCCCCAAAAAGCCCCAAAGUAUCCCGCAGGUCAAAUCCUCAGACCUCCACCUAAAGCGUAUGUUUUCAGAACAUAGAAAAGAACAAAGGAAAUGAUGACUGAGAUAAGUAGGUGCUCUGCUGAAGGUGCAGCUGUGGUCACUGGCUUAUUGUAUAGUGAUCAGGUAUUUUUAUAGUUAGAAACAAUAUUUUGAUAUAUGUGACAUUUAAAUCAAAUAUGUAAAUCCAGACAAAUGAUUUAGCAUUGUGCAGUGGUCUUGAUCAGAAUCCAUGUUACGAGCUUCUGAGUCUUUUGAAGGGUCAUUUUUAAAUAGAAAAUUGCAGCAGUUGCACAACUUUUUCCCUCUUUGUGUCUGUAAAGGCAGUUAAGGGCUGUUGGGUAGUUAUUUGUAAAUAAUGUUUUAAAAACACAUGUAUUUAAAUUCUGAAUUAAAUUGCAUUUAUCUAAUAUAUUUAGAUUAUGAAUCAUACAUUAUAAAUGCUUGUAUGACAGAGUAUAAUCUUGCCAGCCUUUCAUGCAUUGAUGCACAACGUGUAUUCUGAAAAAGUAUGAUUUCAAUUACAAUCUUUAACUGCAAACUAUUGGAUACUGUCAAUUUAUUGUGACGUGUAUAUCAAUUAAACUAGAUACUUUUCUUGCUAGAUAAUUUUUAUGUAAUAUAAUAGUUUAUAUAACGAAUGAAAUAGUUUUCUCAUAACAUUAUUCAUGGCUGACUGGAGCCUGAUGUUAAGGGGUAAGUUUAAAUGCCUAAACUAUAUAAACAGUAUGAAAAAUUGCAGAUUUGCUAUGUUUAAUUCAGUCACAGUACAAUAUCAAGUUACUGUAUAUUAAAAGAUUGAGACUUUUAAAAAGAUUUCCAAUUACUUGUAUGUAUAACUUGAACCUACCCUUGAAUGCACAUUGUGAGAAUGGACAGAACAUUUCGCCAGUAGAGAUA